ACUCACUAUAUAAGACACACAAAAUUGAGCCAUCACCAAUAGUGAUUUAACUAUGGUAAAUGUAUUAGACCCAUAGAAUAAGAGCUAAUGUAUCAGUAUUAAAAUGUUUAGUUCACUCUUACCACUACCUAAGCAUUCCGAAUAUGCGACCGAAUCAAGUAAAAUAAAGGUGGCUGUACCGAAAGCAGAUAAAUUAUCUCAAAAAGUACUUAGUAUACCGAUGCAAGUUAGUUCAGAGAAGACUUCAAUUAUUAAAUCCGAUAAUGAAGUAAAUAAUGGGACAAUUUCGAAAUUAAUUGUUAAUAAAGAUGGAUCAGUCAAUUAUAGUCAAACCAUUGCUAUUUCCAACAAUAAAGAUAAUAGAAGUGUUCAAACAUCAUAUGAAGAUACGAUUCCAUUAAAGAAACGAUAUCCCAAUUUAAAGCAUCACUUUCCUCGAUUUAAUCUACGAGAUUGUCCUGAUAAUUCAUUACAAACUUGUGUAGAUGAUACUCGUAAUGUGAUUAAUAAAAUUUUGAAUGCUAAAUUAGGUAUAUCAGCCGAAACUAAUUCAAGUGCAAGUUCAAGUGCAAAUUCAAAUUCAGAUGUUAAUAUUAUUAAAUAUACUUCUAAUUCACUUAUUCAAGAUGAAGAAGAAUCAAGAGGAAGAGAAAGAAUUAUUCAAGUACGACAAUAUGUAGAAGAUCCCAUGUUACCACCUAAAUUUAAACUUCGAAAGAAUAGACAUAAGACUCCCUCACCUCCACCACCAAUUUUAAAGAAUGUUAAUGAAUUAGAAUCAAAAUUAACUAAAGAAGAUCGUGAGAAAUGGAAAAUCCCUGCAGCCAUAUCAAAUUGGAAGAAUAAUCAAGGAUUUACUAUUUCUUUAGAUAAACGAAUUUUAGCAGCUAAUGGAGGAUCUGUACCAGGAGAAUCUCAAUUAGAAACUAAUUUAAAUAUUGAGAAAUUUGGUAAUUUAUCAACGGCAUUAGAAGAUGCUGAUAGAAAAGCAAGAGAAGAAAUAAGAGUUAAAAAUGAAGCAGCUAAAUUACAAGCCAUUAAAGAUAAACAAGAAAAGGAACUUCAAUUAAAACGAUUGGCUGAUUUAUCACGAAAUCAAAGGAAACGUCAUUAUGAUACUUAUGAGGGAGAUAUAAAACGUCGACCAUUAAAUAGAUAAACAGAUA